AUGCACAGGAAACACCAAAUCAACUUCUUCCGAGGCUCCCCAGCCCACAAUCUGGUUCCAACGGAGCUGCUCAAACACGCUGCUUCCGCCGCGUUAUCGGAUCCGACGAUCUCGGGCCCGGGUUGCGACUAUGGCCCGGACGAGGGAUAUUUGCCACUCCGGGAAAACAUCGCCAAAUGGUUGAGCAGUGCAUAUCAGCCGGCACAUUCGAUUGAUGCCGGGCGCAUUUGUAUUACUGGCGGUGCGAGUCAAAACCUGGCGUGCUUGCUGCAGGUGUUUACCGACCCAGUGCAAACCAGGGCCAUAUGGUUGCCUCAACCGACUUAUCACUUGGUUUUCCAGGUCUUUGAAGAUGCGGGAUUUCAUGGCCUUCUGAAAGCUAUCCCAGAGGAUGCAGAGGGGAUGGAUGCGAAGGCCCUCGACAAGGCGAUUUCGCGGGCAGAGAAAGAUCCGGCAAUUUUGGACCGACUCUGUGAAACACCGAUGAAGCCAUCAUUACCGUAUCGGAAGAUCUACAAGCAUAUCAUAUAUUGCGUUCCGACGUUCGCCAAUCCCACGGGCAUCACGAUGCCGAUUUCCCGGCGAGAGGAACUCAUUCGAGUAUCUCGCAAACACGACGCGCUGAUUGUCAGCGACGAUGUUUAUGACUUCUUGCAUGCAUCCGCUGCAGCCUCACAGAAAACCACAGUCCCACCACCGCGGAUCGUCGAUAUUGACAGAAACCUCGAUGGUGGGCUGCGAGAUCAGUUCGGAAAUGCUCUCAGCAACGGCUCGUUCAGUAAGCUUAUCGGACCCGGAUGUCGGGUGGGAUGGGCUGAGGGGCCAGCUGCUCUGGUUUAUGGGUUGUCUCAAUGUGGAUCCAACAUUUCUGGAGGGGCGCCAUCGCAAUUAAUGUCCACAUUCAUCAACCAACUUCUCCGAGAUGGGUCAUUGACGACUCAUAUCGAGAAGGACCUGAUUCCAGCCUGUACGCGUCGAUUCAACGCCAUUUCGUCGGCGAUCAGAGAGCAUCUCGUACCACUUGGCGUGUCAUUUCAACCAGAUGGAGAGAUAAUGCCGGCGGGAGGAUAUUUCGUUUGGCUUACUCUUCCUGCUCACCUGGACAAUUCUAAGGUAUGCAGGGACGCAGAGAGUCGGGGAAAUCUAAUUCUCGGAAACGGACCUGUGUUUGCUGUACCAGGGAAUGAAGUCCCGGGUGUUCUUCGUCGGCAGCUGAGGCUGUGUUAUAUGUGGGUGGAUGAACGGGAUAUUGUCGAGGGUGUUCUUCGUCUGAAGGAGGUCAUUGUGAGGAAUAUUGGGAAUCAAAAAGAGAAAUGA